AUGGAAAACUCUGUUUCUUCUCUCUCCCUACGUUUUCCACCAAACCACAAACCCAACAUUUUCAAUGGCUUCAACUUCAAACCUUCCUCACAAACCCCAACAACAACCCAUCAAAAUCAAUCUGCAAGAAACGUACCCAAAUUCACCAUCACCAAGAAGAAAUUUGCAGAAAAAGAUGCAUUCCCAUGUUCCUUACCACUCCACAACAAAAACCCAGUUGCAAUUUACAAAGACAUCAAGAACUUCGCUCGCCAAAACAAACUCAAAGAAGCUCUCGCCAUUUUGGAUUAUGUUGACCAACGAGGUAUUCCAGUCAACGCCACCACUUUCUCUUCGCUCAUCGCUGCUUGCAUCCGCACAAACUCGCUGUCAAUAGGAAAACUGGUUCAUACACAUAUCAGAAUCAAUGGUCUCGAAAAAAAUACAUUUUUGCUCACAAAACUUGUUCAAAUGUACACUUCUUGCGGCUCUUCAGAAGAUGCAUUGAAGCUGUUUGAUGAAUUGCCGUGUCAGAGUAGUGUGUAUCCUUGGAAUGCUUUGCUUAGAGGGACUGUGGUUUCUGGGGGUAGGAAAAGACAGUACAUUGAUGUGCUUAAGACUUAUUCAAAGAUGAGGGAAUUAGGGGUUGAGUUGAAUAUUUAUAGUUUCUCUAGUGUCAUCAAGAGUUUUGCCGCUGCUCCCGCGUUUUAUCAAGGAUUGAAGACUCAUGCACUUUUGAUCAAGAAUGGUUUGGUUGAUAGUGACAUUCUCAGGACUUGUUUGAUUGAUUUGUAUUUUAAGUGUGGUAAGGUUAAGAUUGCCAGAAGAGUGUUUGAGGAAAUUCCUGAAAGCGAGAGGGAUGUUGUUGUUUGGGGAACUAUGCUUUCUGGCUUUUCACACAAUAGGUUGCAUAGGGAAGUAUUGGAAUAUGUUAAGUGGAUGGUGGACGAAGGGAUAUACCCAAAUUCGGUUAUAAUGACGAUUGUUAUUCCUGUAAUCGGCGAAAUUUGUAAAAGGAGGUUAGGUCAGGAAGUUCAUGCUUAUGUAAUAAAGACAAAAUCGUACUCAGAGAAAGUUCCGAUUCAAUCUGCUUUGAUUGAUAUGUAUUGCAAGUGCGGAGAUUUGGGGUCUGCGAGGAGUGUUUUUUAUAGCUCACCGGAGAGAAAUGUAGUUUGUUGGACCGCUCUUAUGUCAGGCUAUGCUUCAGUUGGAAGACUACAGCAAGCACUGAGGUCUAUAAUUUGGAUGCAACAAGAAGGGUUUAGACCUGAUGUGGUAACAGUUGGCACUGCUCUUCCAGUAUGUGCUCAGUUGAGGGCCUUGGAAGAAGGGAAACAGAUUCAUGCUUAUGCUUUGAAACACUGGUUUCUUCCUAACGUAUCUAUAUCUUCUUCAUUGAUGGUAAUGUAUUCAAUGUGUGGCGUAGUUGAGUAUUCCGGAAGAGUGUUUGAGGGUAUGGAGCAAAGGAAUGUGAUUUCAUGGACAGCCAUGAUCAAUUCGUACAUAAAAAAUGGGUAUCCGUAUGAAGCAGUUGGUGUAAUAAGGUCAAUGCAGUUGUCAAGAAAUCGACCGGACUCGGUUGCGAUGUCAAGGAUGUUGAGUGUUUGCGGUGAGCUAAAGCUUUUAAAGCUCGGGAAGGAGAUUCACGGGCAGAUUUUAAGAAGGGAUUUCGCAUCAGUCCAUUUUGUUUCUGCAGAACUUAUCAAUAUGUAUGGCAGUUUUGGCGAUGUUGAUAAGGCAAACUUGGUGUUUAGUGCAGUACCUGUGAAAGGUUCAAUGACGUGGACUGCUCUUAUAAGGGCUUACGGAUACAACGAAUUUUAUCAAGGUGCAAUUGACCUUUUUCAUAAAAUGAGAUCAAAUGGUUUCUCUCCAAACCACUUCACAUUUGGAGUCAUUCUAUCUAUAUGUGAAAGAGCUGGAUUUGUGAAUGGUGCUAAUAAAAUCUUCAAUUUAAUGCCGAAAUAUGAAAUUAAAGCAUCUAAGGAACACUUCGAUGUAAUGGUCCGACUUCUUACUCGAUAUGGACAACUAGAUAAAGCUCAGAGAUUUGCACAGAUGAGUUCUUUCUUGUAG